CCUAAACUCCACCAUCCUCCCCCACGCUUCCGAAGCAACUCCAUCGCUCGACUCCGAGAACCCACCACCCACUUAACUGCCUUGCCGGCCGCUCCCGCCACCGCCGCAUCCAUGGUGUUCGAGGCGACGAUGAUCUGCGUGGACAACUCGGAGUGGAUGCGGAACGAGGACUACCGCCCAUCGCGGUUUGCGGCGCAGUCCGACGCCGUCGCCAUGGUCUGCAGCGCCAAGAUGCAGGCGAACCUGGAGAGUUCUGUGGGGGUGCUGGCCAUGGCGGGCAGGCGGGGCGUCAGCGUGCUCGUCACGCCCACUAACGACUUCGGCGAGGUCCUCGCACGCAUGCAAGAUCUGGAAAUUGUUGGUGAAGUGAACUUGACUGCUGCUAUCCAGGUCGCUCAACUUGCUCUAAAAAAUAGACAGAACAAGCAGCAGCAGCAGAGAAUAAUUGUUUUUGUUGGCAGCCCAGUAAUAGAUGCAAAGAAUGUGCUAGAGGCAAUCGGGGAAAAGCUGAAGAAGAACAACGUUGCCCUUGAUGUUGUUGACUUCGGUGAAUCUGAUGAUGAAAAGCCCGAGAAACUAGAAGCUCUUGUUGCUGCAGUGAGUAGUGGUGGCAACAGUCAUAUAAUUCAUGUCCUACCAGGAGAAGAUUUCCUCUCUAAUGUCAUACUCAGUUCACCAAUAUUAGCAGAAGACCAAAAAAGUGUUUCUGCCGCAGCAGCCCGUAGAGCGUCUGGUUUUGAAUUUUGUGUGGACCCAAAUGUAGACCCAGAGCUGGCACUUGUACUUCAGGUCUCUAUGGAAGAAGAGAGAGCAAGGCAACAAGCUGCUGCAGAAGAAUCCUCCGAAACUGAAAGCACAUGCCAAUCUUCAACCUCCAAUGAUGAAACUGUUAUGGCUGACACAGAACCUGAACUAAAUCUAUAUACUGAAGACCAGAGAAACCUGCAGAAGGAUGAGGAUCAGCUAUGGCAACAAGCUCAUGCAAUGUCGAUAGAAGAUGGUAACCCUGGAACUUUACGCGCUGCUGAUGCCGAACUGUUAAAGGCUGUUGCAGAUGAGGUGGAAUUCGUUCUUCAGAUGUCUGUUCAGGAACAAGGAACUGGCGCUCAGUCUGACAUGAACGAAGUGUUUUGGGAUCAACCAUUUUCACAAUCCAUGACUUAUGCGCUUCCUGGUGCUGGUGCUGACCUUGAUGAUCUACUCCUAUAUAACAAGGACCUGCAGGAAUGGCACGAACUAUUGAUUGGCCCGCACGAGGCAAGGAAGCAACGCAGGAAGCAAAGGAAGAAGCAACAGAAGCAGCAACAAAGGAAGCAUGAGGAGAAGGAAGAUGCGCCUGAGGGUGACAAGUCUAUAGUUAGUGGGCCCCUUGCAGGCUCCAUCGUGAGAUUCCAUUGAUACCCUUUAUUACCGUUCUUGCUCAACUCUUUGUGACGCGACUGUACUGUAAAGUAUGUAACGAUGGCUGGAGUUCUCCAUUCUGGAUAUAUCGUUGGUCUAGCUUCGGGAUGGAAGUGGUGGUAGCUUUACCGUCAGCUUUGAACUUAACAUUCCCGAUAGUUGCUCAUCAAAAGGAAUAUUGGGUACUGAAUAA